AUCAGUUUAAGUUUUCCAUUUGCACCGAACGCAACGCAAGUAGCUCCCACAAAAUCGGAAUCAGCCGAAACGAAAACGGAACACAAAUAACAGAACGCGCGCGCUCAAAGUCAGUGCUUGAUACUAAGAUAUAGCACAGAUAUACUACAUACAUAUGUAUGUGGAGCAUCGGCGAUAAAUAUUAAUAUACAAGUAUAAUUGAAAAUAUAAGUGUACGCGAGUGCCAAUACUGUGAAAUCAAUACGAAUGAGAAAUGUGACUAACCAAUCAAAGGAAAGCAAUUGUGCCAAACCUCGUUGAAAGACAACAAAUUAAAAAAAGCGCCUAACGGCUAACGGUUAACGGCUAAAGUUAGCAGUUAGUACCCAGUUACCAAUCUAUCCGCCCGACCAGCGCCCUCAUCCGAAUCGAGAACCGAUCCCCACGCCAUGAGCAUCAUCGACAGCGGCAAGUACCGCUUGCGCAAGGACUGGGCCAGCGCUUCCAUCCCGUCCUUGGUGAACAUCGACGAGCACGACGGCGACUCCGGCGACACCGAGGGCAGCCUCAAUGCCACGGCUCCACUGCCACCACAGAAGCCCCCGCGGCGCAGCUCCCUGGCCCUCGGACUGUUCUCCAGCAAAUCCGAUAAGAGCCAGAAACGCCGCAGCUCCAUAGCCGUCUCCUUCCUGCGGCGGGAUAGUAGUAAGAACUCCACCAAAGACUCGUACGAAUCGGCUGUGCGCAGCGAGAAAUCUGACGGAUCCGGCACACCCACCAGUCCGGAGAUCGUGUACAGCUCCGAGGAGAAUAUCCGUGCCAGCUCCCCCAACGAUCCGGGCAAGCAGACCUUCUUCGAGGACGGCAGCCAGUCGCCGCGUCCGGUGCUCCAGGGGCUGAACACCUCGUACGAGGGACCCCAGAAUGAUCGACAGAGGCGCAGGCGCAGCUCGCUGCAGACCAAGCUGGACCGGCAUCGCCGCAAGAAGAUGGAGUACAGCAACCAGAGGAGCCUGGACUCCGGCAUGAUGUGCAGCGAGUCCCAUAGCGACCUGACCAACGACAGCUUGGCCGAGGGCUCCGGCAGCUUUGCCAACAGAAGUCGCAACGGCAACGACGACGAGGACGACAUCAUCGAUCCCAGCCACGGGGAGUACUUUCCGCGCGAGAAGCGCCACUCCUGGUGGAACAUCUUCGUGCCCGACAAUUUCAAGAACAGGUCACGUAGGGCUAGUCAAGAUGUUUCCAGUUUGUCACGCAGCGUUGACAAUUUGGCGAUACCCGUGCGCAGGAGCAAAUCGCGCAGCGUGGAUCACGGCCUUGCGGCUCCAUUCGACUUGGACUCGCUCCGCUCCAAAGUGGAGCAGCGCUUCGAGAGCGUCGACAAAUUAUCAAGGCAAAAGUCUUCAUUGCCCACCAUACCCACCAUUUCCUACACCGUGGGCAAUCGCGACACCCUGACCUCCGUGGCCGCCCGGUUCGACACCACGCCCUCGGAGCUGACCCACCUCAACCGGCUGAACAGCUCCUUCAUCUAUCCGGGCCAGCAGCUGCUGGUGCCGGACAAGAGCGCCAAGGACGACGCCUCCAGCAGCUCCACCCACGACGCGGACGGUGCCAGCCUGUCCGGCAAAUCGAGUCCGGUCGAGCGCAAGUUGUCCGGCGACGAGAGCCGCGAGAAAGACAUACUCGAGGGCCUGCGCCCCGGAUCCCCAAAACCGGGACACAUCGAGCGCGUGGGCGGCAGUAGCCAGCAGCAGCAGGCGGAGGAGGAGGCCAACAAAAGCGACGAUCCGGUGAUCACACAGCGCUUCCUCAAGAUCAAUGUGCGCCACAUCACGGACGGACAGGGCGUGGUGGGCGGCGUCCUGCUGGUCACGCCCAACGCCGUUAUGUUCGAUCCCAACGUCAGCGAUCCCCUGGUCAUCGAGCACGGCCCGGAGAGCUACGGCGUCAUUGCGCCCAUGGAGCUGGUGGUCAACGCCGCCAUCUUCCACGACAUUGCGCACAUGCGAGUGGCCGGAGGAGCAGGUCAGGGCCUGAACUCCGCCUCGGGAGACGCGGAGAAACCGGAAAUCUACUAUCCCAAACCAGUAUUAGUCGAAGAAGACUCCAAGGAGCUACCCGAGCAGCAGUCGCUGCUGGGCGAAGACGGUAAUAAGCGCUUAGAUGCAGAAAUAGGGUCGCUGGAAAUCGCUGACGACCAAGAGUCGCUUUGCUCCAGCACUGGACGCGAUGGCGACGCGUUUCCCAAAGCCUUCGACCGCGAACGUGUGGAGGACUCUUCUAUGGAAGCCAAAGAUAGCGCUAAGACUGACGCUCUAGACGAUGAAGACAAGAAGGCCGGCCUGGGCCUCUCCAGCACUCGCUCCACCCUCGAGGAGCGGCGCAAGAGUUUGUUGGAUCACCACUGGGCCAUUCCGAGCAAAGACCGAUCCUCGGAAGAUGAGGGCGACAACGAGUCAAACGUUACCGUAGACAGUGGCGCACGAGUCCAGGAUCCGCACUCGGCCAAUAGUUCGGUCAGCGGCGUGCCGCUUAGCCAGCCCCCUGUGGCUGCUGCUGCAGCUGCCGCUGCCGUCGCACCCGCCUCCGCCGUCGUUCCUCUGCCUCCCUCGGGCAUUGAUCUGGAGCACUUGGAGCAGCUGUCCAAGCAGUCGUGCUACGACUCGGGCAUCGAUAUCCGCGAGCCCGUUCCCAACGUACAGCCGAUACCAAAAAAAACCGUCUACAGCGACGCGGACAUUGUCCUCAGCUCCGACUGGGUACCACCGAAAACCAUUGUGCCGACGCACUUCAGCGAGUCCCCGCCGCGCAGCACCAUCCUCGGCCAGAGUCUCGACGCCGGCACAGGAGGCGCAGGGGGCGUCCGUAAGAAGACCUCAAGCGUGAGCUUCAGCGUCGACGACGAGGCCGCCCAGCAGGCUCAGGCCCAGUCGGCUGCACUGGCUGUCACAGACAAGCAGGCCGACAAGAAGAACAAGAUGCUUAAACGUCUCUCAUACCCCCUGACCUGGGUGGAGGGCUUGACUGGGGAGGGUGGUGCCGUGCCGCCCGGCGGCGUGGGCAGUGGAAGCCUGAACAAGUCGGGAGACACAGACUCGGCGCCCAACACGGGUGACUCCAACCAAAGUGUAUUUUCGAAAGUAUUCUCAAGACGUUCCUCAAUCGGUACCUUUAUUCGUCCUCACUCCUCGGAGGGCACUUCGUCCAGCACCAAGCUGAAGGAGGCCAAGCAGGCGCCCAAGUUGGACUACCGCUCCAUGGUCUCCAUGGACGACAAGCCGGAACUCUUUAUCAGUGUGGACAAACUCAUCCCACGACCGGCUCGAGCCUGCCUUGACCCACCAUUGUAUCUACGCCUGCGCAUGGGCAAGCCCAUCGGCAAGGCCAUUCCGCUGCCAACCUCUGUCAUGUCCUACGGGAAGAACAAGUUGCGCGCUGAGUACUGGUUCAGUGUGCCAAAGAAUCGCGUUGAUGAGCUCUAUCGCUUCAUAAACACCUGGGUGAAACACCUGUACGGUGAGCUGGACGAAGAGCAGAUCAAGGCGCGUGGCUUCGAGCUGAUUCAAGAGGACACCGAGUGGACCAAGAGCGGCACGACCAAAGCCGGCAUGGGAGGCGGUAGCCAGGAUGGCGAGGAGAUUAGCGACCUGACCCGCGAGUCCUGGGAGGUGCUGUCAAUGAGCACAGAUGAAUAUCGCAAGACCUCGCUCUUUGCCACCGGUUCCUUCGACCUGGACUUCCCCAUACCAGACCUGAUCGGCAAGACAGAAAUCCUUACAGAGGAGCAUCGCGAGAAGCUCUGUUCACAUCUGCCGGCUAGAGCCGAGGGAUACUCCUGGUCCCUGAUCUUCAGCACCUCACAACAUGGUUUCGCACUGAACUCCCUGUACCGCAAAAUGGCGCGUCUGGAGAGUCCAGUUCUGAUUGUCAUUGAGGAUACGGAGCACAACGUAUUUGGUGCCCUCACCUCCUGCUCACUGCAUGUGUCGGAUCACUUUUACGGCACCGGUGAGUCCCUGCUCUACAAGUUUAACCCCAGCUUCAAGGUGUUCCAUUGGACUGGCGAGAAUAUGUACUUCAUCAAAGGAAACAUGGAGAGCCUUUCGAUUGGCGCUGGAGACGGUCGUUUUGGCCUGUGGCUGGAUGGUGAUCUGAACCAGGGACGAUCGCAACAGUGCAGCACAUACGGCAAUGAGCCUCUGGCGCCACAAGAAGACUUUGUUAUCAAAACACUCGAAUGCUGGGCAUUUGUUUAAGUGAAUUUCUGUUGUCGACAACAAACAUAUUUAAGGAUGGGAGCGAGGGCCUCCUGCCGACCUAUCUAUUUAAUUAACUAUAUGUACUUGUACUAAAAACCAGCAACCUGAGAAAGAUGUCAAAAGCUGGUGUGCGUCCAAGGAUCAUCCCUUCGGAACGGUCCACACAGCCCGAACCCCGAAACACUUGAAUACACGAACACCACCACAUGAAGAUGGUUUUGAAGGGAUCUGAUCUGAAGAAAAAUGCUUGUGAAAACUCCGUUCUCUGAAGCAACUGCGAGUUAGCUAUGCGUUGGAACGUAUUAAUUAUUUAGUUUUUAUAUCAUAUAUUAUUAAACAAGAGCAACUAAAUUAUGUGUUAGACUUAAACAAAACAAAACAGAAUAUGAGAAAACCCAAGAAACAGACUAGCGACACAAAAACUUAAGCGAAAAGAAAUGAGGAUAACAUUUGAGGGCAUCACACAUCUCCAUGAAAAACAUGGCACACGCAUACACCCACAUACGCCUACAUUAAAAAACACACAUUAUGUUUAGUUCUUAAUACCGAAAAUUAUAAACACCAAAUUGUGAGAAGAGACAUAUUGAAAAUAGGCAGAUUUUUAUCAUUUAUCGUGUCCAGUUCUCUGGAUUGAUUUCAGUUUGAAUUUAGUUUCGAUUGUUUGAGUUACUAGAGUUAUUUGAGAACAUUGUGAAAAGCGAAGCGAGCUGAGAUGAGAAAAAUAAAAAGAAUGUCGAUAUAAUUUAUAGUGCAAAAGUGCUGAUUGCAAGUAAAACUAAAGCGAAGAUAACUUUAAACGAUUUGACUUUUAUGUAUAUGUAAAGAAGGAGCCGCGAAGAGCUGAGAGCGAGCGUUUUAUUUUUAGUUUUACACGAUAUACAUACAUACAUAUAUUUAAUUACGAUUAUUUUAAUGCUAAUGAUGUUGACUUUUAUGCAAUUAUACUAAAACAAAAACAGAAACAACACCAGAAUGAAAUACACAAUAUUAUACAACCAAAAUGGCCAAAACAGAGGUUUUACUUCCUCCCCCACACCCAGAAAAUGGGUUUCCCAAUUGAUCGUUUCAAGAUAAUUGUAUCCUAGGUGUGUUAUUCGCUGUGCUAUAAGGGUGCUUGCUAUAAGGCACCUUUGUUUUGUAGUUGUAAGCUUUCUUCGCAGAUAUCGCUCACACCCACAUAUGUACACACACACACACACACACAGAUACUUCCGCAGCAGAAUCAGACGAGCGGUGGCUGGUUGCUGGUGGAAAAGGUUUUGAGGAAAUCAAACCAACAAACUUUAAUGGCUUUAUAUCCCUUUUGAGAUACAAUUUCAGUAUGAUUAAAAUAAAUUAAAUAUAUACAUACAUAUAUGUAUACACAUACGCUAAUAUAUAAAUGUACAAUGGUAGAAACGAAUAUAGGUAUAUGUAAGUGUAACUUUUGUAGUGUAUUUGCGCCCCAAAAAACAAAACCCGGGCGUCAACUUGCCACAGUUCCCCCAAUCGAUUGAAUUGUGACCCCCUCAGAACCCCCCAAAAAACUUACGGCCACGCUGGCACUCAGAAACAUAUUCUAAAUAUUCAAAUACACACGACGAGACGCUGGGAAAUAGAUACAUUUCAGAGAACAAACGAAACGAAACAAAAUUGCUGAUAUUUUACACAGAACCGAGUUCGAAACUAACAAAAAGUAAGGUAUUAAAAAUAUUCCAUUUCAUCGGAGUUCAAGUUUUUACUUGUUUAAAAGUGAAACAAAGUCACAAAACAACGCACACAAGCCAAAAACAAAAAUUGUGAAAUUAUAAAGAGAUUGAAGAUAUUAAAUGUAAAGAUAAUCCGAAACCGAAACCCAGAGAAUCAUCUAAGCAUGCAACACUUUAGAGAAAUUUAGCUGAAAAUUUGAACGCUCCCCAGCCCUAAAAAUGGAAAUAUACAUAUGAAAAUUAAGAAAAUGGUGAACGACGGCGACUCACGCCAGUGAAGAUGUUUUAGAAAUAACAUCUAACGACCUUGACAGACAAUUUUUGUGAAUUUUGCAUGCCUGACCACACACACGCACCCACUAAACUUCAUCCCUUUAAGGAUAUUAUGUAAGACCCUCCCUAAGCACGCAUUAAACCAAAUCCAAAUCAAGUUGAAUCCCUGUUGUAUUGUGAAAACGGAAGACAUUAUUUUGAGGAAUUUUGAGAGCAAAAGCUAUGAUAACCGGAAAUCGAAAGAUCAUUUAGCUUUGAAAUCACUUCAACUACACGCUAACUUCAUUCAAAAACUUGAGACCAAAAUACGUUUACUACAAUAUAUGGCAUGCAACAACUCUACGGUUGGAGCAUGAUAUCAUUAAAUAUUAUCGAUACGUAUACCGCAGAAUAGUUUGUUGACAACCAGUCAAUUAUGUCCCAAACAAAACUCACUCACGCGAGCUAAAAGCUUAAUGGAAUACAUAUGUAUUGUAUAUGAAGUCAAGAAGUGUUUAUUUCCGUAGACUAUGAAACUAUGUUGUUGAAUUCGUAGCUAUUUUGUUGUGCGUUGAGCAGUAAUGCAGUGAAUAUGCAAGCCAUAUGAAGCCGAAAUUAAUGGAGAUAAUUUUAUAUUGUAACUUCUGUCAAUUAAAUUGUAGACUGGUGCAUAUACCAAGCGAAACUGCGUAACAUAUGCCGCAUACAUACAUAUGUAUAGCUGUUGCAGCAGGCACUUGUUUAAGCCAUCAAUGCAUGGUUUAUUGAUGACGAACUAUAGUUCUGCUCCCCCAAAUUUUGUUGUGCGUUCAAUAAGUGCUUAGUAUUGGUGUAAUAUAUAAUUCAGGCAGACAUACAAACAUAAGUACCCAGAUGUAUAUCACAGCCAGUUAAUCAGUUAGUGUGCAAUUAUCCCAGCCCAUGCGAGUACUUUUUGCACUCAGUGUCCGCAUUUCCAGUGCGCUUGCCCAUUACAGUGUUGAGUAGUUUGCCAAAGUUUCUAGUUGUUGUGCACUGAAAAUAAACACAAUGUAAUUCGCACAAUUCGCGGCAGAUAUUCGGCCAGGUAUGCUUCAGAUAUGCAUAUAAUAUACACAUACAUAUGUACCCCUUCUUAGAGAUAGAUUUGCGAUUGUUAGGUGCUGAAGACGACCUCCGCUUUUUCAGUUCGACCCUGUAGAAUGCUGAUUGUAGAACCGCGCGAUUGUAUAAACUCCACGUAGAAGGGAGCACCACUCUAUCUAUCCAGGCCACAACUUAAUGUCCAUGCCACAUGCCACACAUGUAUGUUAAGUGGGUGACUGGACGAGAGGAAGGAUUUUACAAAGGAUACAGAUAAAUCGAUCGGAGAUUGAGGCAGUUGGAUGUGGAUGCAGCAGGUGGUUUAUUUUUCUACCGACAGAUUGCAAGCAAUUGAGAACAUAGUUGAUUACUAGACGAACAGCAGCCAUUACCUAAGUCGUGUGUAUAUAUACGAGAGGCAUAUAUCUACCUAAAUGCAUACAUAUAUAGUAUAUAUAUAUAUUUUUGGAAAGCGAAUCUAGUGUGUCUCGAUGAUAUCGGCUAGCUGUAUUCAGGUCGCGGCCAAGUACUAAGCAUAUUUGCAAGGAUAGUGAUCAGAUUAAAUGUUAAAACUAAUUCGAGAGUUAAAAAGUUCACCUUGGUUUUUUGGUUUGAAUGGAAUGCAUUCGUUGUUUUUUGGUUAUUCUAAACACGGAUUAAUUCCUGUGUGCAACUUGUAUCGUACCUAUAAAAUUGCAUUCCAACAAAAACAAAAACCCAUGAGCAGAACGCAAGAGUAUAUAUAUAAAUAUAUCCUAUAUGUAAAUGUAAAGUCAUUACAAAAAUGAACAACUUUUCUGAAAAAUAAAAUGUAUAUUCAAAUAUC